AUCGAUGUUUUGGAGCUCGGGUGUGGGGUCGGGAACUCGGUGUUUCCGCUUUUGAGGGCGAAUUUAAACAUGCGAGUCGUGGCGGUGGACUGUUCGCCGACGGCGAUUGCGGCGGUUCGCGCGAACCCGGAGUUCGAUGCGCGACGACUUCGCACGCACGUCGUCGAUGCGAGCGCGCGUCGUUCGAUGGAGAGUUGCGUUGACGACGCAUCGGUCGACGCCGUGACCGCGGUGUUCUUUCUUUCCGCGCUCACGGCGAACGGGUUGCGAAACGCCGCUGAGGAAAUUCGGCGCGUGCUACGUCCGAAUGGUGUACUUUUAUUUCGAGAUUACGCGAGAGGGGACGUUAAGAACGCAGAUGCGUCGUCGCAGUUUGUGCCGGGCGAACGCAUCGAUGAGAAUGCGUCUUUGUCGUCGACGUCGAACGAGCAAACGUACCGCCGUUCCGACGGCACGCUCGCCGUCUUCUUCGACGAAGACGAGUUAAACGACGUGUUUGCAUCCGUCGGGUUGGUGGGCGAGUGCGAAAUAGUCACGCACUCAAUCACGAACCGCAAGCUAGGAGUGACGAUGGAUCGAAAGUUUGUGCAAGGGCGGUUCGUGAGGCUC